GGCGGCGUGCGUACUCUUUGGGAAGCGGCAAAGGCAGCAAAGGCGCUGGCAGCUCGUAGGCAGGCAAAGUUGGAUUGGCGGUUGUGGCUGCUUCGUGCUCGUUUACAGAAACUAUGGGCCCUAGUCGCAGCCACAUGAACUGUUGUAUUGUUGGGUGCAAUAGUACGUACAGCAAUUCACCUGGCACAAAGUUCUACGGUUUCCCAACGAGGCAUUGGGAGAGCAAGCGCCGUGAGCGCUGGAUAGAGCUCGUUCGUCGGCAAAAUGACGAUGGGACAGUGUGGCUACCCACGAAGAAUUCGAAAAUUUGUAGCAAACACUUCGUCGGCAACACCAAGGCCAAUGAAGAGAAGCACCCUGCCUACAAUCCAUCCAUCUUCCUGUCACCGUACAGGAAGGGAAAGCCGAGAUGCUCAGACGACCGCUAUGAAAGACAAAAUGAGAGACAGAAAAGGAAGGGUGCCAAACAGAAACAGGACAUGCAAUCCUUGGACGAAGCUGUCCCUGCCAGCGAAGUGGCCACAGGCGGUGCUGAUGCAGUUGAGCUCACAGAAAGUGGGCCCAUAGAUGCAUCAACGAUGACAGAGGGACCCAGCGAGUGUUUCACAGGGACACUUACAUUUGUCUCCAUUACUAUGGAUGGAAAUGCAAGCUGUUACGUGUGCCACAGGACUGUGCCCACGGUUGACCGAGGGACUGCGUGUGAUAUCAAGCUUCGUGACAAAAGUGUAGGGCCAGUACAUAAGCAGCCGUAUUUCGGUGGCUUUAAGGCGCUUGGUGCUAACGAAUCAGCACUGCAAUCAUUCACAUCAGUGUCUUUCCAGAUUUUUGCUUUGCUCCUUAGCGUUUUGCCGGCUGCUACACACAGAGUAAAUGAGCUUUCAGUUGAAGACGAGCUUCUUUUGUUCUUAAUCAAGAUAAAACAUGGCCUCCCUUUUUCUUUUUUAGCCUCCCUGUUUUGCAUCCCCAGCACUACCGCUUCUAGCAUAUUCAAAUUGGUUCUGGUCAACCUUAAGUCUGCAACAAAACAUUGGAUCUACUGGCCGUCACGAGCAGCCAUACACCGCACCAUGCCAGCAAGUUUUCGUGCGCAUUAUCCUACGUGUAGGGUUAUUCUUGAGUGCACUGAGCUGGAGACAGAGAUGCCGCCAGGAACUGAGGAACGGAAUCUGUGGUGCUCUCAGUAUGAAGGAAGAUGCACCCUGAAAUACCUGAUUGGUAUAGCACCUAACGGAAUGAUAACCUUUAUCUCCGAGGGUUUCCGUGGCAGGCCUACUGAUGCCACUCUCGCUGUUGAGGCCACGUUCCUGUCUCUGCUGGAGCCCGGAGAUGUUGUAUUAGCGGACAAGGGUCUUCUAGGAAUUUGUACAGAUGUUGGUGAGCAGCGGGCAACAUUAGUGAUGCCACCUUUUGCAACCAGCCCUCAGUUUACCGAAUCAGAAGUGGAUGCCACUUACGAAACUGCGUCGGUCCGCAUUCAUUUUGAGAGGGUAAUUCAACGGUUAAAAAAAUUUGCCAUUUUAACCCAUAGAAUACCGUACAAAUUCACAGGAUAUAUUGAUGACAUUCUUCAUGUUGCUGCUGUAAUCACAAAUGUCAAGCCUGGAAGUUUCGCAAGGAAUGAUGGCGACGACUGAUUAGGCACAAAAUUUUUAUUACACUUUCUCGAUUUUGUAUGUGUUUAAGAAUCUUGUUAAAAGCAUGUCUUCUGAGACUAAAACUUGUAUUUAUUAAACAACAAGUCCCUCGAGAAUUCUGUCAAGUACUUGGUGAAAUAAAACUUUCCGAGCUUUGGGAUUGCUUCAGCCA